UGCCCCCUGGCGGGCGGGAGGAGCCAUUUCCCCUCCAUCGGGAGACCCCAAAAUGGGCCGAUUUCGCCUUUUUUUGGGGGUGUUUUGAUGCCUGCCGAUGACGUGGGAGCUCCGGCGGGGACGGGGCGGAGGGAACGGCGGCGGUCGGGAGCCCCCGGGGAGGCCCAAGGCCCAGAAGUAGAGGCAGAAAGCAUUUUUGGGGCGAAAUGGCCUAAAAAAGGGGGCCCAGAGGUGACGUCAUCGGCGGUGGGAGGGAGAUGGGGGCGUCCCCCCAAAGGCCACCCCAACGGCCACCCCCGUGAGGGCUGGCAGCGAGGGGACAGCCACGCGUCACCGGGAUCUUCGUCACCGGGAUCGGCUCCACCAGGUUCACCAUCACCGGGUUGACCAUCACUGGGUUGACCAUCACCGGGUCAUCUUGACUGGAUUCAUCUUGACCAGGUUGACCAUCACCAGGUUCAUCAUCACCAGGUUGACCAUCACUGGGUCAUCUUCACCAGUUGGCCAUCACCAGGUUCAUCUUGACCAGUUCACCAUCACCAGGUUCAUCUUGACUAGGUUGACCAUCACUGGGUCAUCUUGACCAGUUUGCCAUCACCAGGUUCACCAUCCCCAGGUUCACCAUCACCGCGUCAUCUUGACCAGAUUCAUCUUGACCGGUUCACCAUCACUGGGUCAUCCUCACCAGUUGGCCCAUCACCAGGUUGACCAUCACCAGGUUGACCAUCACUGGGUCAUCUUCACCAGUUCACCAUCACCAGGUUCAUCUUGACCAGUUUGCCAUCACCAGGUUGACCAUCACUGGGUCAUCUUCACCAGUUGGCCAUCACCAGGUUCACCAUCACCAGGUUGACCAUCACCAGGUUCACCAUCACUGGGUCAUCUUCACCGGUUCACCAUCACCAGGUUGACCAUCACUGGGUCAUCUUGACCAGUUGGCCAUCACCAGGUUGACCAUCACCAGGUUGACCAUCACCGGGUCAUCUUGACCGGAUUCAUCUUGACCAGGUUGACCAUCACCAGGUUCUGACCAUCACUGGGCCAUCGUCACCAGGUUUACCAUCACCAGGUUGACCAUCACUGGGUCAUCUUCACCAGUUGGCCCAUCACCAGGUUGACCAUCACCAGGUUGACCGUCACUGGGUCAUCUUCACCAGUUGAUCAUCACCAGGUUCAUCAUCACCAGGUUCAUCAUCACCGGGUCAUCUUGACCAGAUUCAUCUUGACCAGUUCACCAUCACCAGGUUCACCAUCACUGGGUCAUCCUCACCAGUUGGCCAUCACCAGGUUCAUCAUCACCAGGUUGACCAUCAUUGGGUCAUCUUCACCAGUUCACCAUCACCAGGUUCAACAUCACCAGGGUCAUCUUGACCAGUUCACCAUCACCAGGUUCACCAUCACUGGGUCAUCUUCACCAGUUCACCAUCACCAGGUUCACCACCGCCAGGUCAUCUUCACCAGUUCGCCAUUGCUGGGUCAUCUUUGAUGGGUUCAUCUUGACCAGGUUCACCAUCACCAGUUCACCAUCACCAGCUUCGUCUCGACCUGGUUCACCAUCACCGGAUUCACCAUCGCCGGGUCGUCUUGACCAGUUCACCGGCACCAGAUUCACCAUUGCUGGGUCAUCUUUGAUGGGUUCACCUUGACCAGUUCACCAUCGCUGGGUCACCAUUACCAGCUUCACCUUCACUGGUUCUCCUGGUUGACCUCCAGGCCCAGCAGCACCGUGGGGAGGAGGUGGCCAUGGCCGAUGGGAACCCCCAAAUCCUGCCAAAACGCCCCAAAGUGGAGGAGGUGGGUGGCGAGACGCAGCCCAAGGAGGAGGUGACGGAGGAGCCACCUCUCCCCCUGGUCCCACCUACGGUACAAGAGGAGAUCCCCAUGGUCUUCAACGCCUACGCCACGGCGCCGGCAGCCCGGAGGCGGCGGGAGAAGGUCGUUGGUGGUGGUGGUGACGGUGGCCCCGUCGCCGGGCUCCCCGUGGACCGGCGCAAGUCCAAGGUGUGGAAUUACUACGCCAAGUUGGGAGACGCCUACGUGGAGUGUAACAUCUGCAAGAAGCAGCUCUCCUUCCACAACAGCACCACCACCAUGAGGGAGCACCUGGUGAGGAAGCACGGCAUCCGCGACACCCUCCUCUCCCACCUCAAGGACGACCAAGGCACCGAAAGCGACUCGGCCGGGCCGGAGAACGCCGGGAAGCGCUGCCGGUUGACGCCGGAGAACGGGUUCCACCACCCGCCAGAGCCCAGGAGCGAGGUCAUCACCGAGCUGGUGGUGGAGAUGAUCUUCCGUGACCUGCACCCUCUCUCCUUGGUGAAGGACAAAGGGUUUGGGCUCCUCUUGGGCUACCUGGAGCCCGGGUUCGCCCUCCCGUCGCCGGCCCACCUCGCGGGGGGGUUGUGGCACCGUUAUGGUGCCCUCAAGCAGCAGCUGGAGAGGUACCUGGGGACGGCGCAGGCCCUGGUGCUCUGCGUGGAGUCCUGGACCUCCCAGUUCCACCAGUCCUACUGGAGCGUGACGGCCAACUUCAUCGACGGGGAGUGGCGCCGGGCCCGCUGCUUGAUGGAGACCCAACGGGCCAAAGCCCAGGGGAUGUUGGGGGAGAAGCUGGUGGCCCUCCUGGCCCAGUUUGGCUUGUCGGGCAAAGCCAUCUUCUGCCUGAUGCACGACGGGGCCACCACGGAGGUGACACACGGCUGGAGCGAGGUGCCUUGCGCCGCCCGCACCCUCCAGCUCUGCGUCAAAGCCGGGCUGGAGGUCCAAGAGGUGGAGGAAGCCCUCGCCGUGGCCCGUGGCAUCGUUAGAUACUUCCAGCAGGACCCCAAAGCCACCCGCUCCUUGACCAGCAAGCUGGAAGCCAUCAACAAAUCCCAGCUGAAGCUGGUGGUGGAUACUGGGGUGCGGUGGCUCACCACGGUGGAGAUGUGCGAGACCCUCUUGGAGCUGAAGUGGGCCAUCAUGGCGGUGCUGGAAGAAGACCCCAAGGGGGCCGCCGGGGUCCAGAACUUGGCCGACCACCAGUGGAAGCUCCUGCAGGACCUGCUGCCCGUCAUGAGGACCCUCAAGUUGGCCACCGCCUUCCUGCGGGAGGAGCAGAACGUCUCCAUCUCCUCCCUCCUGCCUUGCGUCCACGGCGUCAUCGCCGCCAUCGGCCAACAGGCGGAAGAGGCCAGCGCCGUCAUCAAGAGGGUGGUGGCCAUCGUUGGGAUGGAGCUGAGGCAGCGCUGGGGGCUGGCGGAGGAGGAGAAGCUUCUGGAAAGCCCGGCCGUUAUCGCCUCCUUUUUGGACCCCCGCUUCAAGGAGAUGAGGUUCCUCAGCCCCAGCUCCAGAAACGAGCUCCACCAGCGGGUGAAGAACAUGUUGUCGCAGGUCUGUGGCCCCCAAUCUCCACCCGCCGCCCAUUUUUGGGGGCCAAACCCAGAUUCUAAAGCUCAGGCGGGCAACCAAGUGGCCUGUUGCGCCAACGCCGGCUCGCAGAGCGUCUACGACGUCCUCCUGGGGAAGGACCCGACGGAGAACAUGCCCGAGAUCCACCAGCAACUGGAGAACUACGUGGUGGAGCCCCUCUGCAAGCGCAGCACCGACCCCUUGGACUGGUGGAAGAGCAACGAGCGCCGCUUCCCGGCCGUGGCCCAGCUGAGCCGCCGUUUCCUGGCCAUCCCGGCCACCGUUGUCCUGGCCGAACGGGCCUUCUCCACCGGCCAGAGCCUCCUGGAGCACCGCCGGGCCCUCCUGGCGCCGGAGAACUUGGAUCCCAUCCUCUUCCUCCACCAAAACCACGAUUUUUUGGAGACGUUAAGAAACGGCAACGAGAGGCGGAGCAGGAACCCCCACCCCGAGCCCUUCCGGGGGUCAGCGGGGGUUUAAUCCUCCCCCCCCAUGGUGGUCCUCGGAAGGGUUUCCCCUUUGGAAUCUUCAACAUUCAAUAAAAAUGUUUUUUUAUAUAUAUUAUUUUUAAAAAUACAAGUGUUGAAGCCAAAGGAGAAUGUUCCCACCUUCCUCCUGCACCGGGGAGAGGAGUUUAUGGAGGCCCAGACCCGAGGAUUUGUCCUUUAAAGUGAAAAAGCAACCAAAAUAGCGAUUUAUUUUCCGCUGGAUGUGAAUAUUCAGCAAAAAUGAUACAAACCCAGGAAAAUCUGGUGGGCUGGAAACAUAAAAAAUCAGCCUUUUUCUGCCCUGGGUGGAGACAGAGCCCCUUUUCUUUCCAUUUCUUCCCUUCAACUCGUCAAACCCUCCCUUUUCCCUCCCAAAUGGGGUCUUAAUUGAUGCAAAUCAACCCCCCACCAAUAAAAUAAACGCGAUGAAAAUUGAAAAUAAGCCAAAUCGGGCGCUGGAAACACAAGGAAAAGGCGAGGGUGACUCUGCCUCCAUCACAAAACGCCUUGAACCGCCCCAAUUCUGCUGUGGAGUGACUUUUAUUUGCUUAAUUAUCCCGCAAACGUGACGAGCGGGGCAAGGACUUGAAGGUUCACCAAGAAAAUUUCAUAAAUGAAGUGAAAAAAAACCAGCUUAAAAACUCACCUUCUUUCUAGGUGAGAAGGCUGAAACGCCGCGUGCGACCAUGGUUAAAUAGAAUGACUAUUUUUGGGGUGAUUUUUCCCUCUUCUGUC